CAACCUUGCCAUCUUCGCAACAUAACACGCACAAAUCAACCAUCAUGGCCUCCGAUCCGGCCACAACCACGAUCCUCUUCGUCCCCGGAGCAUGGCACAAUCCCCACUGCUACGACAAGGUGAUCGAAAACCUCAAGGAAACAGGCUACACCACAGAACUAGUACACCUCCCCUCCGUGGGCGCCACCGUGCCCGUCCCCGAUACCUCCGCCGACAUAUCCCAAAUCCGCAAUCAAAUCGAUCGCCUCGCCGCCACUGGGCAGAAGAUCAUCGUAGUCGCGCACUCCUACGGCGGCCUCGUAGCCAGCGAAGCAAUCCAGCACCUGGACCAGGCCAGCCGCCAAGCCCAGUCCCUCACCGGCGGCGUCACGCACCUCUUCCUGUGCUGCGCCUUCAUCGUUCCCGAGGGCAGAUCGCUGCUCGCCGCGCUGGGCGGCACCGAGCCCUCGUGGUUCAACGUCUCGCCUGACCGCAUGACCGUCACGCCGAUCGACCCCGUCAACGUGUUCUACAAUGAUCUGCCAGAGGAUGAGGCCCGGGCGGCGGUGGCGAUGCUGAGGCCGCAUAGUUAUCGUACGUUGCACAGCCCUUGUCGGUUUGCAGCGUGGAGGGUGGUGCCGACGACGUAUCUUUAUUGUGAGAAAGAUCGCGCGAUUCCGCUGUCUGUGCAGAGGAGAAUGGUCGAGGAAACGGCGCGGGGCUGUGCGAUUCGCACGGAGACGCUGGAUGCGGCGCAUAGUCCGUUUCUCUCGGUGCCUGGGGAGGUCGCGGAUGCCAUUCGGCGGGCUGCUGGGAUGUCGGUAUAA